AUGUCUGACAACAAUAACAACAAUAACCAACCACCCAAUAAGUUUAACUCAGUAUUCGCUUAUUGGGAUGUAAAGGAUAAGAGAGUACAACAAUCCAAUCUGUUGAAGAGGGCACCUCUGAUCAAUAGAGUACAGACACCCGUCCAGAAGCCACCUCCCACAUCACCAGUCACCGUCACAUUGGCACCAGCAUCUGCACCAGCCACACCAAUCACAGUCGUUCCAACAGCCCAGGUUGCGCAACCUGAGCCACACACCAAUCAACCACAUCACGACCAAGACCAAGCUGUGCCUGAGUCCGCACCCGCCACAGACAACACGACAACUACCACCACAACAGUUCCAAAUGAUCAAGUUGAGCCUAACACUGAAGUACACACACCAGAUGUUGUCCAUGUCCAAACAAACCAGACUCAGGAGGAGGAUACUGAUGAAAAUGUUGUGGUUGGAGAGGAAACACCAACAACUACCAGCAACGUGAACACAUCAAGUGGUGGCGGAUCAUCAUCACAGUAUGACAACUUUGAUCCAUCACGUCCAGUCACACAGGGCGCCAAUCUGGACACAACAGAGUUUAACUCAGAGGUUGAGCGUGAGCUCACCAUAUCAAAGACUACAUCAAACUACUCCUCAGUAUAUGGCAGCGUGGCUGACUACUCACUGUACUCUGGCUCCGACUACAAGAUGGAGGACGAUCAAGACUUUGUCAGCGAUAUAUCAGAGGAGGCACUGUUGCGUCUCGAGGCUCUCAUUAGUAACGAGCCACAGCAGCUGGACAACCUGAAGCAGUCGUCCACCCAGUUACAGACUUCCAAUGCCAGCUACUAUAUUAGUGGUGCUAGCAAGACUGGAUACUCGCAUCCCAAGGUAUUGGCCGGCAGUGGCACUACAGACAUCAGUGGCCUUGGAUCAUCCAAGGAGACCAUGACAUGGAACAGCGAGUUCCAGAACCUGCUCGAGAUGGACGACAGCUUGGAUAAGUUUGAGCGAUUGGCCAGUCUUGAGCACGACUUUGUCUACGCAGCUGAGGCCUACGGUCGUAUCAUUAUCUCUGAGCAUCUGUUGCCUAACGAGAUGAAGACAAUCAAGCCGGUGAGCGUUGGUGGUGUGGCCGGAGGUGACAAGUACAUCGUCCAGGGCAUCCUCUUCAAGUUCGCAGUCGAGAGCGAUACAUUUGGUCUGUACGGCUCAGACGAGAAUGCCAUGAAGGCUGCAGCGCACGAGUUGAACGGAUGUACAUCUAUUCUCAACAGUGGCAUCAAGGGUCUGCACGUACCCCUUAUGGCUUACAUCGAUUACAGAGGCUUCCGUCUGAUGGCACUCUCGCUGCUGCCUAUCAACAAACUGUCUCUGGUCUAUGGAUCAUGUGACGCUGGCCAGACCGUCCACACGUCAAACACAAUGUUCAAUCAUCUCAUGUCCACUACAUCCAAGGUACUCAACAUCAAGCCACACCGUGUGCAGGAUAGUGCCGGAGAUCUAAAGUCGAUAUGUGGACCCAUUGACAUUGAGGGUCACAUUGGCAACGAUAACCGCUUCUACUUGUUGGACUUUGCUCGUCUGGCACCACCCGAGCCACCCGUCAACCGUGGCGCAUACCUGUACCGUCUGCUGCGUCUAGAGUUGGUCAGAAAGAAUGAGGUGCCACUGUGCAGUGACUCAUUCUCACCAAUGCCCACCAUUGACAUUGAGACCCACAAUGCAGAGGUGCGCGACGCCUAUGACCACAUGGUUACCAACAUCAUCCCCAAGUUUGCCAACGAUCUUGAACACACUGCCGAGGGAGCGUUGACAUGCGACCAGCUGUCCAAGCUGUUCCACAGUGAGGGUAUCAACAUGCGACACCUUGGACUUGUGCGUAGAUGUUGCAGUCGCGAUGCUAUUCGUGAGGUCCUCCUUGUCGAGGCCAUCUCCAGAUGUCUCAAGAGUCUUACACGCGAGCUACUUCGCAGAGAGAUGAAGAAGACCCAUCUACCCUCAGAUUAUCCAUAUAGAAAGAUUAUCCUCAACUUUAUCAACUUGGUGUUUGGAAGCGAUAAUGAUGAGUUCCUGAAGGAGAUAUUGUUGCCAAAGAUGGAGAAGAAGUUCAGACAUAUCAAUGAUACGAAGGAUCCAAACAAUGCAAAUGAGUUCUUGACCGAGAAUCAAGAGGAGUCGCCAUUGUUCACCAAGGACUCGCCAAUCUACCCAAGGAUACUGCAUCGAUUCAUCAACACAAUUGGCGUUGUGAUGAGUGCCGACUCUAUCAAGGAAUACUACAAACAAGAGUCUGGCAUGUCCUUUGUCGACCCGGACAUUGUGGAGCUAAAGACACAGAUCACCAGACUGAACAUCAUUGAUUACGCUGACGGUAUGAGUCUUUAUUACAAGGCUCUAGAGUCCAAGUCUGACGAUCGCUCCAAACGUCGUCUGUUGGACAUCUCGCAGUCGAUGCUCAAGCGCUCACUUCACUCCAUGAGUACCAACUAUGGUGCCAUCUUCCAGCUUGGAAACGUCCAGAUGCUCAUGGCCAAGUAUGAGACCGAUCACCACGUCAAGGCCAGGAUGUACGACGAGGCUGCCGAGACCUACCUAUCAAUGGAGAAGUUUAGAAUCGAUCAGAACCUACUCUAUCUAUCCAAGUUCAACAGAGGCAAGGCAAUGUUGGCUAAAGGAAAGCACUGCUAUUUGGAAAAGGAUGUGUUUAACACUUCACUUGAGGUGUUUAGGGAUGCUGCUCAGAACACUCUGGACAAGGCCGAUGCCAAGGCAUUGGAGGUGGAGGCAAUCUUUAGAUGUAAGGGAGUAACUGAGCAGGAGAUAUUCGACCAACUUGUCAACAUGCUCCAGGAGAUCCUGCAUGACUAUCCCAAUCACCCACGCACCAACCUCUUGAUGGCCAAGGUGUUGUCUUACAGAAAGUUCCACACUCGUCCCAUCUCAGAGGUGGCACACUACUUCCAGCUGUCGUCAGACAACCCCAACACCCUGAAGAAGCUCAAGACCUUGCUCAAGAGCGACCUGUGGAGGAUAUUCCCAAUGGUUCGCGAAUGCCCCAAGAUGUUUGAUGACAUCAAGGAGCAAAUCAAGUCCAUGGCCGCCAAGCUCAAGGUGCCCGAGGAUCUGGAGCUCAUCGAGUCGGACGCACAUUUCUUCUCAAGCCUCGACAUGCCCACCACCAAGUUGUUGCUGGGCAACAUCAGUCCAGAGUCAUUCACCAAGUUUGUUAAGUUCUUCAAUCACAGCAUCAUCACGAUGUCUCUGAUACAGUGCGACCUGGCUCAGCCACCGAUCCUCACCGACCUCUCCAAGCUUCGCGCAUUGCAAUCAAUCAACUUGGCCAAGUGCAAGGGACUGACCGACGAGGCCAUGGGUGUGAUCAUGUCGCCCGUGCUCAGGAAACUAAAGAUCUACGAAGUGGACGGUAUCACCGACGCGACCUUUAAUGUGAUUGCCACUAGCGCGCCAGCAUUGGAGGUGCUGGAUGCAGGACAAUGUCCCAACAUCAGCGAUGUCCAUGCUGAGUCACUGGUGGCCGGCUGUCCAAACCUGCGCAAGUUGGCCAUGCCCACCAAGGUCACUGGCGAAUCGAUCAGGACAUGUCUGAGCGGUCUCACCAAGCUCGUGGCACUGGACCUCUAUCAAUGUGAGGACAUUCCAUCGGCCAUCUACGGAGAGGCGUUCAAACUCUCUGAGAGCGUCAAGAAGGUCAGAGGAUCAGAUGGUUUCCCUCACUUUAUCCUCAAGAACACGACAUUCAUUGCUACCUUCCGUGGACCAAACGCACAGGAGGCAAUGAUGAACAUGCCGAGCGAGUCAAGAUACUUUGUUAGGAUUGUAAAGUCGAUGGGAAUGUCGAUGUUCCAGGGCCAGGUGUUCUCGUUCUACUUUGAUCCCAAGCAUCCAGUGGUCAAGUUCAGAGAUCUGGUGAUCGAUGGCUCGACGACCAACAACUCAUGGCACAAGAUCGGUCACUUCUCGGUGGUCAAGAAGCCGCAGUUCAGGAUAACAAUGGCCAAGAGGACACCAUUCAACACGUGGGAGACCGACUUCCAUCUGCAGAUCCCGCCCACUGGACUGCUCACAAAGACCGAGUGCGACGUGCAGUACAAUGGCAUCAAGUACCGACUGUCACAUCGACUCACACCAGUGUUCUCUGGUAUGGCAUUUGAGACGCAAUUGUACCUCGAUGGCAAGGUAGUUGCCUCUGCGUCCAACCUUCGAUCCAACCGUAUCAACACCAUUGUUGAUCUCAAGGAACUUCCAUCAAUAUUCCUUCCAGUAUUGUUGUCUUGCGGUCUUUCCGAGCAAGUGUAA